UUUUCAAAGUUUUAUUCUUUCACAAAAGAGUUCAUUAUAUCAGGUGCAAAGAAAACGUGCAAGAAACCAUAAAAUACUGCAAAACGUGUUUAUGAAGCUUUCCUAAACUGACGGCAUAGAAUAGACUGAAGAAACUGAAGAAAGUUUCAAGAUGGCGGUUCUUCACGAAAAGAAUAUUGCUAUGACUCUAUUGGUUACCUGGAUAAUAACAACAUGCAUAUCUAUCAACGGUGUACACGUGCUUGCCGAACCGAGUACUAAAAGUUUUAUAUACGAUGAUGAAACUCUUCUUGACUGUAUACCACAGGAGUUAAAGAACUUUAGUCGAAAAGUGGAGAAUGACGCGGAUUUAGUAAAAGUAACAGAUGAAGGCUAUUUCAUUCCAUUGGUGACAGGGUCAUAUUCAUUCAGAGUACACGGUAGAGCACCUAACCCAUUUUUGAAAAUAGAGCUAUUGAAUGAACAGCAGCGUUUUCCAAGCAAGUCUUUAGAAGAUGGCAAAUGGUACACAGUGGAGUUCUAUGGAAUAAAUUUAACGAAAGGCCAGAUAUUCCAGAUUUCAUUUAGAUAUGAUCAACACGUUCGCUAUGCAAUUCCGAUAAGUUUUUCUUUCGAUUCGGGAGGAAAUUGGACAAGUAUUUGGGAUCAACUUGUGAGACGGGACUCAGGAGAAUCCAAUAAAGAACACAAAUUUGUUGGUGAAUGGUCCUCGUGGACGCCAUGUAACAAGACUUGUGGUGAGCUGGGAAAGAAAUCUCGAAAAAGACUUUGUGCAGAAAAACCAUUUGCCUUAAAUUUACAAAUCAACUACACAUGCCCGUCAUUGCUUAACGAAGACAAGUCGUGCCUUGCAAAUACAUCGUGUUCAGGUGUUUUGUAUACGCUAGCGCCACCACGUGCAAUAUGUUCGCCGUUUUGUCAAAAGCAAAACAGACUUUGUGCUUUAGAAGGCCAUGACUUUCCAAAGUCUAGUGCCUUUCUAAUAUUUGAAGCCUUGGGGAAAGUCUGCAAGACAACGGAAAAAACUGAAUAUGAUAACGGGAAAGUGGUACGGAUAAGUAAAGAGGGGCUUUGCCGAGGUUAUGAAAAUAUUCCCGACACGUUCAGCUGCAAAAGCGAUGAAAUGUCUGAUACUGAUAAUGUGGUCUGUCCGUGUGCUCCUCUUCCAGUUCCACCGACCAAUGUUUCCGUGGAACAACUGAACGCAACCGCAAUAAACGUGUCCGUAAACUAUUCCCCCGACAAUCCUCGCCUGAAGUAUUACAGAACUAUUGGUAUUGAACUAAUCGACAGUCAAAGAAAAAGAAUUGCUGUACGAAGUAAAGCCUAUUCCAUAAACGCGUGGAUGAUUUUUAACGGACUCGGUAGGCAUGAUACAUACUGUAUUCAAACUCGUUCUAAGGAUGGUAAUGGAGAAGGGUUCCCUUCAAGUUGCUACAAUUUCACAAUGCACAAUGUUCCUUUAAGUGCCCCGCCCAACGUCAAUGCCACUGGAGACACUAGAACUGCAAUAUACGCUCAAUGGGACGAUCUAGACUUACAACUAAAUGGCCAGUUGAUUAAAUAUUCCGUGUACGUCCUGCUUGGAGGAAAUAUAUCUACCAGUGUCAAUACAACUGACCAGAACGUGACUAUUGGCGGUCUUCAAAUCUUUACCAAGUAUUGUGUACAAGUGUCUGCUUGGACGAUGUCUGGUGAAGGACCAUUAAGCCACUGCAAAAAAGCAAUUACCUUACAAGGGGUUCCAUUGUCUGCCCCAAGAUCUUUCGCCAUUGGAUACGUAAUGGCAGAGUUAGUAAACUUGGUCUGGGAACACGUGUUGCCCGAUCGCAAUCACGAUACUCUUGUAGGUUAUCGUGUGUACUACAUAGAGUGUAACCGGUUCGGACUAACUGCUUAUCAAGAAACGAUGUAUGGGUCAGGCCGUACUGCUAACAUAACUAGUUGGAUCAAGCCGUUCACUUGUUACUAUUUCAAACUGACCGGUUUCACGAAUGCAGGAGAAGGAAACUACACUGAAUGGAUCAACACUACAACUAAAGAAGGAGCUCCUACGGCUGCUCCAGGCGGACUUAGCUAUCAGGAACUAAGCAAUUCUUCAGUGAACAUCUCUUGGCAGAGCCUUCCAUCAAACCACGCUAAUGGAGUUAUUCGGGGGUAUAGUAUUUGCCAGUCGAUUAAUUCGUACAGCAGUGCUUGCAAUGAAAGAAUAACAACAUGUUCUGAUGUGUUACACAAAGUUGUCCGUAAUCUGGCCGUAGGGAAGAAUCACUGCUUCAAACUAAAGGCGUUCACGGCCGUUGGUGCUAGCCCUUCAAGUGACUGUCUUGAUGUAUUAAUCGAGAUGGCUCCCAACGGCUUCCCGCAAAACAUUUCUGCUACAAACACUAGCUCUACAUCAUUUAACAUCGCGUGGGAACAAGUCGAUACUGAUCUUCAGAAUGGCAUCAUUAAAGGUUAUCAAAUCUUUUGGAAGGAACUGGCAGCCAAUAACACAAAUUCUAUGACCGUAAAUGACACAAUUCAAUCCCUGGAAGUGACCAUGUUGAAAACGUUUACAACGUAUUGCGUUCAGAUACAAGCGUAUACUAGUAAGGGAAAUGGUCCUAUGAGCCCGUGCGUCCACGUGACAACAGAUGAAGGAGUGCCCUCUGUGGCUCCAACCGAUAUCCUAGUCCAACGUACCACAUCAGGAACUAUUACUAUCUCCUAUUCUCCCAUACCAAAUGAACAUGCUAAUGGCUUUCUCCUUGGAUACAGCCUAUAUGUGUUAUAUAAAUGCGAGCAGAAUCCCAAUAAGGAAGAAGCCUAUACUUUAGAUUUUGCCAGUAAUAUAACAGUCGUGAAAGUUUAUCUUCUGGCUCCAAACAAAUGUCACUCUCUGAGUGUCUCAGGCUAUACAAGAAUAGGAGAAGGCAACAUCAGUGAAUGGGUAAAUGCUACAACUCUUGAUGAAGCUCCAAGUGGUAUCCCACAAGACAUAUCGGCUCGAAACACCGGUUCUACUUCUUUCAUCGUCACAUGGAAUGAAAUCGACCAAGACAAACAAAACGGUCAGAUCUUAGGGUACCGAUUAUUCUACACCGGGUAUUCAGGUGAACGUUCCAAUUUAUCAAAAACAACCAAUGCAUCUAUUCUGUCUCUCGAAGUCACGAUGGUUGAGAGGUAUUCUUCGUACUGUGUUCAAGUGCUCGGCUUUAACAGGAAAGGGAAUGGCCCGUUAAGCCCGUGCGUCAAUGUCACGACUGAUGAAGCAUUACCAUCGAGAGCACCAGAAGUGUUAUCCAUUAAUACCUCGGCAAAAAGUAUGAAAGUAGUUUGGAAAACGCUCCCCGAAGAAUAUCAUCAUGGCGUACUACUGGGUUAUAAGAUUUUCCGUAAACGUUUUUCAUUAAAUCAUUAUCGUAUUGGGAGAUAUAAAGUUCCAGCCAACGUUACCAAAAAGUCUCUCAUUGCGAAACCUAAUACUUUGUAUUUGUGCCAAAUGUGCGCUUAUAAUCGAAUUGGCGAUGGAGUUAGGAGCGAAUGGAGGAACUGCUCAACACCGGAGGGAGUCCCUGAUGAAAGUCCACAGGGAAUCACGGCCCAUGGCCAUAAAACUGCGAUUAACGUCACCUGGGGUGAAGUUCCCGCCUCUCAGCGAAACGGAGUAAUCCUCGGGUAUAGAAUAUUCUGGAAAGAUUCCUUAAACCAGACUAAUGGGACACAGACUAUGAACAAUGAUACAUUCUCUCUGGAUAUCAAAGGACUUAAGAUAUACACUUCAUACUGUGUUCAAGUCCUGGCAUUUACUAAAGCGGGAGAUGGAAACAUCAGCGCAUGCGUUGACGUAAGGACCGAUGAGGAUGUACCAACAAGAUCUCCUACAAGCUUGGUCGGUCGUAGCUUGACUAGCACUUCUCUAGAAAUCAGUUGGGAAGCUCCCCCUAUGAAUACUCGUAAUGGAAAACUGCUAGGCUAUGUCAUAUCUAUCCACAGAUUCAAUCAAGCAUUACAAAUGAUCGAUACCCCAGUUAGUUUAACUCUUACUUGUCCACACAAUACCAGCAAAGUCAUAGAGUAUUUGAAUAUAGGGCUGUUGUAUUGUGUCAAAGUGGCCGUCUUCAACAAGAUUGGAGUGGGGAAUUUCAGCAAUUGUUCAAUGGUAAAGUUGAAGGAAGAGGUUCCUAGUAGGCCUCCUAGAAAAAUACAGAUUGUUGAUAGGACGGCAACUUCACUUCUAGUCUCUUGGAGUUCUAUUUACUGGGCAAGGCGCAAUGGCAUCAUCCUUGGCUAUACACUGAUUAUAAAACCUUAUACUACGAUAACAGCGGAAACGACAGCAACAACGACUACUACAAAUCCACCAACGACUACACUAUUGCAUUCAAAUCUAUUAAGAAGUGUUAGAGUACGCAGAAGUGUUAGUUCCGAGAUGGUCAUCAAUGUUGGACCGGACGUUCAGUCAUAUCUUGUAACGAACUUGGACAAGAAUACAGAAUACUGUGUACAACUGCUUGGGUUUAACUCAGCAGGUGAAGGCAACCAAUCAGAUUGUGUCUUGAGUAGAACCUUUGCUACAGACAACGUAAUUCCGCAGCUGACUUUAAGGACAGGCUCAACUUCUAUACAAGUAAACUUAAACAUCAGUGGUUUUAAUGAAUUGGUCUCUUCUGGUUUUCUAAUGUAUUACGAAGUGCAAUACAAAAUAAAAACUGUUUCUGGGAUCCCUGUGGAAGAGGGAGAGUUCAAGUCGCGGUUCUUCAAUGCUACCACCCAGACUAUUGUCCUAGACGGGCUUUCUCAAUACACGUCCUAUGUCUUUCAAGCAGCAGUGAUAACCAAGUCUGGCAGAGGGAAUUUCUCUCAUCCUGUGAUCAUUGAAACCUGCCAUUGUCCCGACAUCUUCUACACAAACUGGUACGUUAAUGCGCCAUUCACAAAGUUAAAAAGCAAUGAAAUCAGUGGAAUUCUUCCUUCGAUUCUAAAUGAUGUCAUGAGAACUGCAUGCAAGUACUGUGACCUUAACAACGGCUCAGCGAUGAUUGACUACUACAACGAUCACCAUGGCGACAGAGUGAGCAUGAAAGACGAUGUCAAUGCCAUGAAGGGGAACAUCACGUCCUAUAACCACAUUUCUUUUCCUCUGACUCAAAGAAACAAGGAGUUGAAAUAUGAAGGGACGUAUGUACCUCUGUUGUAUGUGCCUGGGCUGUUGGUGAUCGGUAGCAAUGAAUCGUUAGUCGAGAAGUACGCGCGGGUCGUGGCAGGGUCCGUAUAUGACAUAUGGCCUGUUGUCAUCAUCAAUAUUGUUACUACUUUACUGGCAGGGACGAUUAUUUGGCUUCUGGAACGUGGCAGCAACAGCGAACAAUUUACCGUGUCCACAAUAAAAGGAAUUGGAGAAGGAUCGUGGUGGGCCUUCAUCACCAUGACAACACUAGGUUACGGKGAUCGGGUACCGGUAACCCGUGCCGGACGUAUUUUUGCUAUUAUAUGGUCACUGGUCGGGAUAUCAAUAGCCUCCAUCAUGAUUGGUUCAUUGUGUGCUACCUUCACCGUUACCGUGGUAGAAGAGUACGGGACUGGGAUUGAAAAAGGAAUAACGGUUGGUGUAGUGGCACUCACACCUGAUGCUGAGAUAGCAGAAGAAGUGUGUCGAGGACGCGCGACUGUUAAGAGUUUUCAAAGUAUUGAAGAGCUGGUAACCGCCCAAAGAUCCGGAGAGGUGGAUAAUAUGAUAGUGGAUCACUUCACCGCACAGAAUCGUCUAGAUCUAUUUAACGGCACGUGGUACAAGAUCAGAAAUGUCAUCAAUCAACCGUUCACUUAUGGCGUACUACUGAAAGAGGAGGCUACCAAGCUAGAGAGAUAUUUCAAAGAAUACAGCGCGGUCAAUGUAUCGAAAGUCGUCGAGUUUGCAAAUAUGGUCGACAAGAGUGAAGAGGCCAAHGAAACGGAGCCCGUGCGACUGACCGUCCAGACCGAGACUAUCAACUUUCUCGACCCCUCCAGUUCGAUUUUCGGGACAACGUUCCUUGUGCUUGGCCUGACGUUGUUCUUUUUUUUCCUGUGUGGAUUUGUGUAUGACAAGCUUGUUACCAAGAAAAGAGAUAAAAAUGACUCUGAAUUGGUUGAUGAUUAUAGAGAACGACUUGAAGCAAUGAGAUCUCAUCUCCAAGAAUUCUAUUCCAAUGUUUGCGCUUUAAAUUCUCAACUUCGAACUCAUCACAACGAUGCGUUACGACGAUUACUUGUUCAGGAGAAAAAGAAAAAACCCCAAAACUCAGUGAUGCCUCAUGUGAACGUCGUAAAAGUCUGGUCUUGAAAAAUCCUUAGCUUCAUUGACAGAUUCUGCACGAUGGUAUUUGCACGGGACUUUGGUGACGGUUAUGCUUUGUCCCCGGGCCGUUAUCUUACGGCUUGCUUUCUUCCAGGCUCCUCUCUCUUGAAAGGCAUUAGGUAAGAGACUGGGGAAAAGUUCAAAGUGAUAUUUUUGAAUGGAAAGCAAGUCAGGAAGAAUAAAAAUUGCACAUCGCUAAUGCAUGCACUAUUACUAUGAACACACCGAAUCGAAAUAUGGCGACCAAUUUAAAUAACUAUUGUCCUAUCUGGUCUGACUUGCCUCGUGUUCACUUGGAAACAUAAAUGCGUUUCCACAUCUAGGAGAGGCUAGUCAGAACAGAACAAUAGUUAUUCAAAUUGGUCGCCAUAUUUCGAUUCGGUGUACAUGGUGGGUUUAAAAAAUAGAAUUAAAAUAAAGGUCAAUAGCGAUUUGCAGGCGAUGUAAUUGGUCAGCUCAUCAAUAUUUGACCAAUCACCGCGCGUUUAGUAAACUGGUCGGGCUUUCCAUUGACACGGCUUAACCACAGGAAGCCCACCUGGUUAAUUUUUUACAGUAGUGUUAGAAUCAUUCGAAUUUUCAUGCAAUUUGAAGAAACUGAAGAAUAGUAAAAACGAAUUCUUCCAGGCGCUCAAUGGAAGAUUAAAAACCACCUUGCCGUCCUGCAUUGAAUUGUGGGAAAUAAGUUGAUACGCGAACGAAGGCAUGACAAAGUUUAUCGUGCUCGUUAUUAGUUUUUCGUGAAUUCUGGAAAGAAAUGAUGAAUUUUCUUCAGCUUUUCAUUAAGUUCUUUUUUUGAAUUUUUGUUAACGAUUUUGCAUGAGAUAUUUAAAUAUGACACCGGGGUAUAGCCUGCCUGUCCACUGGAGGCAAUACGCAUUCGCGGGUCGUCUUUUAUACUCUCGUAUUCAAGGUUAGUCUUGUUUUUGUGCCGAAUAUUUAUAUAAAGUUGGGUAAAAUUUCAAGGUGUUUGUCCUAGGCCUCUUUCAGAGACUAAACCAACGACAUUUUGAAAAAUUAUCACAUCCCAUCGAGUUUAGCACUCAUUAUUUACUGAAGAUGGAAGCAAUCAUUUCCGAAACUGGUGCAUUUGAUAGAUGAGCCUGUAGUCACAGAACACAGCGGUGUUUUAUAAAUUUUAAAAAGAAGUAUUUCAUAAUGUAAUAUUUAUAAGUUUAUUGUCUUUUCACUUAUAACAAUAUCACUGCAUACAAAAUGUUGAAAUCUUUUUAAAAAGCUCAGAACAAUCCGUUUUAUUAUUCAACGUGUCGCACAAAUUUUUCAAAACGACAAAAGUGUACCUACCCUCCCCUCCCUAAAACUUUUUCAAUUGCGUAUGAAUAUCUUCUUUAUGCCCCAGUGUAAUAAGUUUCCAAAUAAGCUUUUGCAUACAACAAGUUGAAAUAUGUCGUCGGUUCGGAAAGGUUCAAUUAUCGAAGCCAAGGUCGAAAGUUGUUCUGGGUAAAUGUAAAUAACGAUAAUAUUAUGCGUAUAUCGCGUCAUCAGCCAUGACAGGAGGCACGACAAUAGUCUUUUUUCCUUGGAAAAAAAUAAUUCUUUCUCAUGUAAACCAGAUUUAUCUGCUCCUGCCUCCUAUCACUGUUUUGCCAUACUGUGAUGGUUAAAAAAUUCCUUUUUGCAGUUUUACAGUUCUUGAACAUUGAUUAAAGCUACCAAGCAUUUUGUCACACUCUCCGAAUACUCUCCGAACACUAUCCGAACACUAUCCGAACACUAUCCGAAUGCCAAGGAUAUCAACUACCCAGAAUACCCCUCGGUCUUAGCUUCCAUGAGUUUACCUGUUCAAACCGACAACGCUUUUGACAGACCACUCAUCUCAUUCCCUAGAGUUUCCUUUUAGUGAAUAUGGAUACGACUCAAACAAAGAAUCUUAUUCUAAAGAGAAUGACACGUGGUCUGAAAUGUGAAAGUAUAACGCCCAAGCUAAAAGGGCUACUUUGAUUAAUAUUGAUCUGUCUGUCUUUCUUGUCUUAUCUUACGUCAUAAUGCAGGUAGCCCAAACUCUUGACAUGAUUUCGAGAACUUACUUUGAAAAUUUGAAAAAUGAAAAAUUUCUAAAAUAUUUUACCAAAUAUGGUAUUUUUGGCGUUAUAUGGUGAAACCACCAGGAUUUCACCUCUAGAAAAGUUUAAGUAUAUUUCAAAGCAUUUGGUAAUUUACAUCAAGAGAUUGGGUUUCCCGCCUUUUAUAAGCAACCAAUUAGAAACUCGCACUAGUCAUUGCUAAGUAACCAGUUUUACAACGGCCUUCUUGCAUGCAGGGCAUUAAUCUUUUAUAAGACGAUCACGGUAGCGGAGAAGUUCACUGAUAAUUCCCGUUCAGCUGAUUGAGCUAUAAAAAAGCGUCCGAUCCCAGCUAAUAGGGACCUUAAGCUGCAGGACGGCAACGACGACGACGACGGCAACCAUACAAUAACACUAAUUGCGCUAUUCAAUAGAUACUCGUUGGAAUGUACGAAAU